CUAGCAGAGCAACAUCUGGCUCCCUCUGUUGUUUUCAAAGUGCACCAACCUAGAAGCAAUGGUGAGGACCAAGGUUUUGCUUUUACUUGCCUUGGCUGCUAUUGUGAAUGGAGCUCCGGCUCUGCAAAGGGGCGGCAAGGAUCGCUCUGAUUGGCCUGGCAGGCCCAUGCCUCCCUCUGGUGGAAUUCCUUCUGAGUUGUUCCCUGGUGCCCCCUUUCAGCCUGGUCCUGGUCAAGCCAGACCAAGGCCACAGCCCAUGAGACCACACACAGGACCACGACCAGCUCCACCAAAUGCUGGCCAACUACGACCAAAUCCAGGUGAACCACGACCAUUUCCACCACAUGCCGGCCAACCACGACCAUUUCCCAUGAGACCAUACACAGGACCACGACCAGCUCCACCAAAUGCUGGCCAACUACGACCAAAUCCAGGUGAACCACGACCAUUUCCACCACAUGCCGGCCAACCACGACCAUUUCCCAUGAGACCAUACACAGGACCACGACCAGCUCCACCAAAUGCUGGCCAACUACGACCAAAUCCAGGUGAACCACGACCAUUUCCACCACAUGCCGGCCAACCACGACCAAAUCCAGGUGAACCACGACCAUUUCCACCACACGCCGGCCAACCACGACCAAAUCCAGGUCGACCACGACCAUUUCCACCAAAUGCAGGCCAACCACGACCAAAUCCAGGUGAACCACGACCAUUUCCACCACACGCCGGCCAACCACGACCAAAUCCAGGUCGACCACGACCAUUUCCACCAAAUGCAGGCCAACCACGACCAAAUCCAGGUGAACCACAACCAUUUCCACCAAGUGAAGCCCGACCACGACCAAAUCCAGGUGAACCACGACCAUUUCCACCACACGCCGGCCAACCACGACCAAAUCCAGGUCGACCACGACCAUUUCCACCAAAUACUGGCCAACUACGACCAAAUCCAGGUGAACCACGACCAUUUCCACCACAUGCCGGCCAACCACGACCAAAUCCAGGUGAACCACGACCAUUUCCACCACACGCCGGCCAACCACGACCAAAUCCAGGUCGACCACGACCAUUUCCACCAAAUGCAGGCCAACCACGACCAAAUCCAGGUGAACCACGACCAUUUCCACCACACGCCGGCCAACCACGACCAAAUCCAGGUCGACCACGACCAUUUCCACCAAAUGCAGGCCAACCACGACCAAAUCCAGGUGAACCACAACCAUUUCCACCAAGUGAAGCCCGACCACGACCAAAUCCAGGUGAACCACGACCAUUUCCACCAAAUGCCGGCCAACCACGACCAUUUCCACCAAGUGCAAGCCGACCACGACCAAAUCCAGGCACACCGCUAGUAAAUUUUGGACCAGCUGGUGGUCCAGGACCAAGCCAAAGACCAGUGCGCCCCACUAGACCUGGUCCAAGACCUAUGACACCCGGAUAUUCUCAGCCAUUGUCAGGAGGAAACAUAGUGGUCAAUAAUGGAGAUGAUGGUCCCUGGACAAAUUGGAGUCCAUUUCAGUGGGGGACGAGUGGACUUUUCCCCUAUGGCAGCUACUAUGGUGGCAGCUACCCAUUUGGAUUUGGCUGGAAUGGUGGCAACUUUCUUUUUGAUCGUGAAGAGGAUGACAAAAAUGGGAAUAAUUAUCUGUACAACGGAGACUACCCGUCCUACACAAGCAACGCAUGCAACUGUGCUGGAAACAGCGAGUGUCUCAACAACUGUUACACAUCGCAGAACUACAAGUAUGUCAGCAGCCAGUAGCUAGACGUCUACUGCCACUGAACUAUGUAGCUCAUCAAAUUAGCUAAACUGACUCAUGUAGCUAGCAUGUACAUAGGUAGCCAUACAAAUGCAUUACUCUUGGUUAUAAAUUAAUUGUCUCAUCAGUAGGGGCUGGCCCUUGGCUAG